ACAUGUCCCAUGAACCUGUGCGUUGGAAGAGCUCUGUAUCCAUGACAGUGUUGUUAUGAAGCUAAUUUACUCAGGGUUAUAUAAACGCAGCUAUCAUUCACUGGUUCUUUUUCUUCCAUUCUCUCUUUUGUGAUUUUCAGAUAAACUCUAGCAUAAUAGUUUUCGUUUCCAGAACGCAGAAUGAAGCUAAAUAUACUGUAGCUCAGCUAGCUCGACCAUUACCUGUCCAGGCGGUUAGCCGUCUAUCAGGCUAACACUGCAGGCUAAAGGAGGUUAGCAACUCAGGCAGCGCGCUAGCUCGGAUUAACGCCCUAUCGCAAACAAUCACUCAGUUCUCAGUGAUGUAAAACCGGAGAGGAUGCGGGAGCGGCAGCUGGAGGCGGAGAAGCGGCCGCGGGGAGAGCUGAUACACACGGCGAGGAGGAGCAGGAGGAAGCGGGGAUAAUGAUCUCCAGAUACAGCCGCAGAGCCGUGAAGCAGAACCUGCACGUUCGUGGGGUUUCACACACUGCCUUUGAUCAACACCCCCCUCCUGAGGAGGCAGAGUCAGAGGACAGGCCUCAGUCAAGGACACUACAGCAAGUUGCAUCCACCUGUAACAGGUCGGUGUGUCCAUCAGUGGUUGCUGUGGAGACGAGCAGUGCUUGGUCUGAGAUUGACAGUUGCACAGGAACAGAAGUGAGCACUGAACGCAGCUCUGUCUACUCCUGGGCUUAUGAUGAGUUUGAUAAAGCGGCAUCUCGUCAAGUCCAGCUGCUGUUUGAGGAGAUAGAUGAGGAGCUAUAUGAGGGGAAAGGAGGUGUGCAGCAGGAUGAGUGUAAAAUAUGGACAUCAAGAUUCCCUCAUCUACGGAUUCUGGGAAAGCAGUUGAUGUGUCCUACAGAUGAAGGCUUUCAGUGGUUUUCCGUGUCAUCUCAAAACAGCAGUUUGGGGACUCGCGUACAAAGCACCGGCAAUGAGCUGUGUGUGCAGGGACAUAGUGCUGCACUGUGUAUGGAGGUGGCACACAUUGCUGACUCCUGUAGUUCUCAUGAAGACAAGUUACAUAGACUAAUUGAGGAAGAAGAAGGACUGAUCGAGGAAUACCUGGCCUUCGACUGGAGGGAUCUUGAUGAUGAGUGUGUAUGUGUAAAUAGGAGGACACACUCUUUGCCACCCGUAUCUCCAUAUCGCUGCCGGAGGGAAGCGGUGAUUGACUUCCUGUUUGAUGAUGUGUGGAAGGAGAUGAUUGGCUGCAUGGAGCAGCUUCUGAUAAGACUGUGGGAGGGAUGCAGCUCAGAUGAGGAGAAGAGUUCAGCAUCUCUCAGUCCAGCUCAUAAUCAAUCCCAUAAUCUCUCAGGGCUAAAGUCCAGCACUUCCAGUACUCUGCCACGCCUCAGUCCUGUGCCGCAGGACACGCCUAACACCUUGAACACUCUGAGCACAAAGACGAGGGAUUCAAAGUCGAGAUGGAAAUCCAAAAAGCAGAGAAGAAAAUCUACUCCCAGUCCGGUAUUUGCAGGAACGGCAGCAGUGCAGCAUCACACUUUGAAUGAGCUGAUUGUGGUUCAUGGUCUUCCUCUCCAGCAGCGACACACAACUGCACAGGAGCGCACUGGACAUGACUCAGAGGAGAGGAUGUGCCUUUCUAAGCCCCGCUCUCACCGCGCACUGGAACAAAGCCCUUCCCCUUUACCCCGCCCUCCUCCAUCAUCACGGAGACGACCCCUACCUCCUCGCACACUCCUCCCCCUGGCCCAGUCUAGCACAGCAGGAAACAUAGAAGAUGUUAUCAAAGGGACACGUCUAGCCCCAGCUAGUGAGCGUCUUUCCUUUUCUGCAAUGACUCUCAGUAGAAACACACUUCUCCCCCCCAUUGGUACUACAGACAAAGAACACACACACUCUGGACAUCAUGUACACCUCUCUCAGCAUCACAGAGCUCCUUCUAGUCGCGCUCAUAGUGCUGUAGCAGAUGAAGCUGGCAGCCUGCUGGCCUUCUCCAGACCCAACACCACACACACUUUUAGGUCAGAUACACCUCAUCGCCGCUCUUUCACUGUUCUGGACAGCAGUGGACAGGCGAAACCAGGCAGAGCUUCUGUGGGCACAGAUUCUUUGGGUAUUGGUGUAACAGGUAUCAGUUUGGGAAUUAGCAGCUCUUCCUUCCUGGAGUCCUAUACCACUCAUACCCUUGACCACUUCCCAAGUAAGGAUGGGGAGGAGCUAGAGGGUAGAGCCCCACCUCCUGCUCCUCUAGUUCCCGUGUCUCUUCAGUCACACAGCAGAGGAGGCCUGAUGACACGCAGCAACAGACCUUAACAGGACUUUAACAGACACGCGCGCACACACACACACACACACACACACAAACACACACACACAGAAAGAGCAGUUCUCAGCAGAUAUUUUCUAUCACCUUUGUGUUAUUAUUGUUCUAUUAUUAUUAUUACUAUUAUUAUUAUUAUUAUUAUUAUUAUUAUUAUUAUUGUAGUUAAAAUUUCUAGAGUCCUAUUUUUGUACAACUGCCAAAGACAACAAUACACAUAUACACACACAUACACAGAGUGCCAUAGUGUUUUUGGCCAUAUCGUUUCAUACCUUUUUGGUUCCAGUGCGAUAUUAAUGAAACUCACCCUCACUGCAGGUCACAUGACUUACGAGCAUUCUAGGGGGGGUUUAUUAUACUUUUUUUUUAUUGAUUUUUCUUUUUUUUUCAGGACAAAGCCUUUGUGAUUAAAGCCUUAGAGCUGCAAGCCAUACUAUACACACAGACCUUUUAAUAUACAUACAUACUAUACACCACCUUUUAAUGUUUAAAGGACAAAAAUAAUAAUGGUAAUUUGCAGAAAUUAUGAAAUAAAAGUUUCUUUUCAAAACUUC